UAUAGAACUGUGAAAUUCCGUCAAGAGAUGACUCCGUUUUAACGGCGAAACGGAAUCGAUACCAUUUUACCGUUAAGUUAGACGACCCUUCACACAAAAGUAAACAAUAAACAUACAGGUGAAGUGUAUCAUUUUUCCUGUGGUGGGGAUCCAAGCUUUUUGGUGUUCGUGAGUGAUUGUACAAAUAAACAAAAAAAUGGAAAUGUCCCAGAUCCCUGAAUUGAGUUCGACCAACGUCAAAGUGAAAGUACCCAAACGAGUCGUUUAUUUUAGCGAUGGUGUGGUCGAAGAGUUUAGUGACGACGAAACCGAUCAACCUUCAGCGGAACAAGAGCAACAAGUCGUAGAUCCUAAAACUCUUCCAUGGCGAGAUUGGUUCGUUUUUAAAUCUUGGGCAGCAGCAACGGGAACUUUAUCGGCAAUCGAUUAUAUGGGCGAAUGGUUGGCUUCGGUAUUUGGGAUAACAACUCCAAAGUACCAAUUUGAAAUCGAUGAGUACCAUCGGAGGCAAGCGGAAAAAAAGGAGGAAGAAGAACAUGUUAGCGGAUGGACUACGCAAAAUGAAUCUGAAAGGAAUGUUACCCAACAGCCUAAUACAACAUCUCAAAAUUGAUCUUUAAAUAAAGUAAAUUUUGCACUUCCAGCGUACAGGAUGUGAGAAUAAACAGUAUAUUCGAUAUUGGAACGAUGCCAAUCCUCGGAUGGUUCAUCAGAACGGGUCGUAGUUUGGUGUGUGUUUUAGUGCUAUUUGUGGUUUUUUAAAUAAAACCUUAACGCUUGCAGAUAAUAUGGUUUAUUGAUGUAAAAAACGGUUAUACAACUAUAUUUUAAAUGUAGCGCAACAAAUUAAUAUCAACUUCCUUCUGCAUUGCGAUUUCUUUUCUUGUUAAUCUCUGAUUUCGUAUUUAUGUAAAAGUUGCCUUCUUUGAUGUUUAUUCCUAUCAUGAUUCUUUCUUGUAUCUAA